AUAGUUCUUGGCAGGUUACCCUUUUCCUUUCCAGCUAAGAACAGAAUAGCAAUGGACACUGGAUAGUAACACAAGCAUUGCCAUUGCAUUGCAUUGGGACAGAGCAGGCUCAAUCAUCAUCCAUGCCAAGUGGGUGAUCCUCUUGAUUGGAAUGGGGAAUCCUGCCACCAAUUCCUCCCUGUCAUUUGUCUCGCCCCUUAUCGAUUUCAGCAACCCAUCCUAAUUCAGAAACAGAAAAAAAAAAGAGAAGAUUGCAGCUCGCGAUCCAUCAGUGCCUAUAUAUACUGGACGCCCUCCGGUGCGACGUGCUCGUGCUCGUCCAGCUCCGUAACCACCGGACAGAGCAGAGCACGCGCCAUGAGGACCACCACCAGGACCGUGCUGCCGCUCCUGGCGCUGGCAGCGCCGCUCUGCCUCGCGCUGCUGCUCCCCGGCGCGGCCGCGGCCAGCAAGGCCCGGCCGCGGCAGGGUGACUACCUGAACCGCCUGCGCGGGUCGCCGGCGUCCGGGCGCCAGUCGUGGCAGGCCGAGUCGUCGCUGGCGGUCGCGCCGCCGUCGGGCAGAGCGCAGCGGCACGCGGCGCCGGUGGGGGUGGGGCGCAAGGAGGACGACCGCGUGGACCGGCUGCCGGGGCAGCCCGAGGGCGUGGACUUCGCGCAGUACGCCGGGUACGUGACGGUGGACGCCGCGGCCGGGCGCGCGCUGUUCUACUACCUCGCCGAGGCCGCCGGCAACGUUUCCGCGGCGUCCAGGCCGCUCCUCCUCUGGCUGAACGGCGGCCCCGGGUGCUCGUCGCUGGGGUACGGCGCCAUGGAGGAGCUGGGCCCGUUCCGCGUGAAGAGCGACGGCAAGACGCUGUACCGGAACCCGUACGCGUGGAACAACGCGGCGAACGUGCUGUUCCUGGAGAGCCCCGCCGGCGUGGGGUUCUCCUACUCCAACACGACGGCGGACUACAGCCGGAGCGGCGACAACAAGACCGCCGAGGACGCGCUCCUGUUCCUGCUCAACUGGAUGGAGAAGUUCCCCGAGUACAAGGGCCGCGACUUCUACCUCGCCGGCGAGAGCUACGCCGGCCACUACGUCCCCCAGCUCGCCCACGCCAUCCUCCGCCACGCCGCCAAGGCCUCGUCGCCGAUCAACCUCAAGGGCAUCAUGAUCGGGAACGCGGUGAUCAACGACGGGACGGACACCAAGGGCAUGUACGACUUCUUCUGGACGCACGCGCUCAUCUCCGACGAGGCGGCGGACGGCAUCAGCAGGUACUGCAACUUCAGCGCCGGCGCGGCGGACUCGGACAAGUGCGACGCGGCGACGACGGAGGCCAACGAGGCGCUGCAGGACAUCGACAUCUACAACAUCUACGCGCCCAACUGCCAGUCCGCCGGCCUCGUCACGCCGCCGGUCACCGCCUCGAUCGAGAGCUUUGAUCCGUGCACGGAUUAUUACGUGGAGGCCUACCUCAACGACCCGGACGUGCAGAGGGCGCUCCACGCCAACGUCACCCGCCUCGACCACCCCUGGUCGGCCUGCAGUGACGUCUUGAGACGCUGGACAGACAGCGCCACAACGGUCUUGCCUAUCAUCACGGAGCUCCUGAGCAACAACAUCAGGGUCUGGGUGUACAGCGGUGACACCGAUGGGAGAGUGCCGGUCACUUCCAGCAGAUACUCUGUGAACCAGCUCCAGCUCCCAGUUGCUGCUAAAUGGAGGCCAUGGUUCAGCAGCACUCAGGGUGCUGGAGAGGUGGGUGGCUACGUCGUGCAGUACAAGGGCAAGGAGAAGGGCAGCCUCAGCCUGGCAACCGUGCGAGGAGCCGGCCAUGAGGUCCCCAGCUACCAGCCGAAGCGGGCGCUUGUGCUCGUUCAGAGUUUCCUUGCAGGCAAAGCGCUCCCUGACUGCAAGAAAUGCGAACAGUCUUAGCAUUCUGAAGUAUAAAGAGUGCAUCAGCAGCAACACGAUAUGUAUCCAUUCCAUUCAGCAUUGAGAGAAGAAAGCGAAAACGAAUCAUGUUAGAAGAUAGAAAUAUACCCACCUCCUAGAUCAUGUAACUGCAGGUCUGCAAAGACUUAUAUACUCACAUAGAGAAAUCUCUACACGAAUGAAACCUACCAAAUCUGAAAAGUAACCACCAGAAAGUUAUGCUGCAAAA